UGCUAUGACCAUAGGCUAGUCAUACAUAACACGUCUACGUCCCAGCAGUGGUACCAAUACUGUAUUAUCUAACAUUCUUAGGACUUGCCCCUCCAUUGAUGUAAACGUUUGGUAACUCGCCCCUAUUUGAUACCUAGUAGUACUCUCUAGCCUCCAUUAUACAUACCCCCCAUCGAUACACUAUUUUCCCUCCAUCACACCGGCUGCAUCGGAUGCUGAGGGGGAGGUUAUACACUUACGAGAGGUACUUGAGGAGCCAGAUCGUAAAUAGAAAUAGUACUGGGACAGUGCUAGUAUAAAACGCACGCUACUCAUCGCUUGUUGUUAAACGCGAGAGAAAAAACGUGUAUAUCUGCGCUGUCUUGUAUGGAUUAACUAUUUACUUUUAAAUGGUAAAUAUUCUACAUUAUCACAUAUAAGUACUACUGAACCCCUUCAGCGUCAACAUGCCAUCAGAGGAGAGUGAAACCAAAAGAUCAGAGGGAUGUUGGUGGAAACGCAGGACUCUCCUCGAAAAGAUCCUACUGGUGUUACUCCUAAUAAUAUUUCUCUUCCUACUGGUUCUUAUAAUUCUGCUUGCCCUAGGAAUAUUCUCCUUCAAACCACAGGAAGAUGAUGUAUGUACCAGUUAUGGAUGCGUGCAGGCAGCCGCGUCAGUGUAUAACAAUAUAGACUUCAGUGUAGACCCCUGUGACAACUUCUACAACUAUGCCUGCGGUAACUGGAGGAAAACACACGUGAUCCCAGAACAUCGAACUUAUCUGGCGAGGUUCAGUGUUCUCAGGGAAGAAGUUCAGGUCACCCUUAAAUAUUUACUUGAAGGAGAAUCACUGCCGGGCGAGCCCAAGGCAGUACAGUAUGCUAGGAAAAUGUACAAGUCCUGUAUCAAUAUAACAAACAUUGAGGAAAGAAACCUAUCAGCAGCCAUAGAUCUGCUGGACUCAUUCGGUGGAUGGCCAGCACUUGACGAUAGGCCGGGAGGAUACUGGAAUGAAGAUUCCUUCGACCUAAGUCUCCUAUUGAGCAAGUUGAUGUUGUAUUACAAUAACCCGCUAAUAGGGUUCUACGUAUCCGUGGACUCGAAAAACUCCAGCGCCCGAAUGAUAUUUGCAGACCAGCCAGGUUUGAACAUGCCAGGGCGUAGCUUCUUUCUCAAGGGACGUAAUGACGAGAAGUUGUUGGCUUAUGAGAAUCUAGUCAAAUCGGUGCUGCUUGACUUUGGUGCUGAUCCUGUUACUGUUGACGAAGACGUCAACGAUCAGAUCGAGUUUGAAAUCGCACUAGCUAAUAUAACAAUACCAUCUAACUGGCGACGGAAUAGUGAGGAUUUAUACAACAAAUAUACAGUUGGUGAACUCGCCACCACUUUUCCUGAACCGACCAAAUUUAAGUUUGUAUGGAAAGAAUAUAUUAACAACGUAUUUGGCAUGGAGAACAUCAAUAUGCAUAUCCAGGACGACGAGCCCAUUAUCGUUGAAGAACCAAGAUACUUUGACAAGCUCUUUGUAACUCUUGAACAGUUUUCAAAAAGGACUGUUGCUAAUUAUGUAAUAUGGAGUAUCAUGCAAAACAGAAUUGUGAACUUGCCGUCCAGAUUUGAUAAUAUGAUGACAGAAUACAACAAGGUGCUAACCGGACGAGUGGGCAGUGGUCCACGUUGGCAGAAGUGUACCUCUUACGUCAACAAUAACUUUGGUACUGCUGUUGGGCGGCUGUAUGUCGAAGAGAAAUUUGACGAGGAAGCUAAAAGUGACAUGAAUCUGAUGAUCGACGGUAUACAGAAAGCCUAUGGGGAGUUACUAGAGGAGCUAACCUGGAUGGAUGAUUACACAAAGACUUUAGCAAAGGAAAAGGCCAAUUAUAUGCAGAGGAAAAUUGGAUACGAUGAUUUCGUUUUAAACGAUACAGUACUUGAUGCUGGAUAUCAAAAUUAUUCCAUGACUGAAGACAAUUACUUUGAAAAUAUCCUCAAGUUACUGAACCUAUGGGUAUCCGGUGAUUUCAAAAAGCUUCGACAGCCUGUCAAUAAAGAUAUAUGGACAAGUGCACCCGCCACUGUCAAUGCAUACUACAGUUCACCAUACAACAGGAUCAUGUUUCCGGCGGGUAUCCUUCAACCUCCUUACUACCAUAGAGAUCAGCCCAGAUCGUUGAACUACGGAGGUAUAGGCAGUUUGAUUGGUCACGAGAUCACCCAUGGAUUUGACAAUCGAGGCCGUCAGUACGACAAGUUUGGAAAUCUCAACCAAUGGUGGGGAGACGAAGUCAUCGAAAAGUUCAUCAAUAACUCAGAAUGCUUUAUAAAACAGUAUGACAAAUACUCGUAUCCCGAGGCAGGCGGUAAAUUGAUGAACGGGUACCAGACGUUGGGUGAAAACAUAGCCGACAAUGGGGGAUUGAAGCAAGCGUUCAGGGGAUAUAGGGCGUGGGUAGCCUCAAUGGGCAAAGAAGAACCUUCACUUCCCAGCUUAAACCUUACACACAGCCAACUGUUCUUUGUCAACUUUGCACAGAUUCGAUGCAGUAAUCAUCGAAAAGCCGAUGCUAUUCAUCACAUCCUCACCGGCCAACACAGUCCUCCAAGGUUCAGAGUUAUCGGAACACUCCAGAAUAUGAAGGAAUUUGCAGACACCUACAAUUGUCCUAAGGGAAGCUACAUGAAUCCUGAACACAAAUGUCGGCUAUGGUAGAUACUUUAGUUAUGACAAACUUUUAUGUCGGCAAUGGUAGAAGAUAUUGUUGCUUUGGUAGAUGUUUUCUUGACAAUGGUUAAUGUUAUUAUUGGUUUUGGUUAAUGUCAGUAUUGGCUAUGGUUAAUGUCAGUAUUGGCUAUGGUUA